AUGUUUCAAAGGCAUCAAACUUCUCGUGAAGAAGUCAUAGUAGUGAGGCUUCACGAGCAAAGUUACGGAGUUGCAGGCCAGAAUCAUUCUACUUUCGGUGCGACUUACACGAAGGUCCACGAAGGCGAAAUAAAAUGCAAAACUUUCGAAAGGAAGCGGAAUAGAGGCGGCGGGGCCUGGUACUCCGGCCUGCUAAACAGUUGCUUUUUAAUGACGGGCCAGUCAACGCAGUCAAACAUGAGGUCCAAAUCGGGCACCUUCCCUGGGUACCUCCUCAACAGCUGCAGAAUUCCCCAUAGGGUGAAAGUGUCCCGACUCUGGAAGGACUUCUUAUACGUCUGCACAUAG